GCAGGAAGCGAACGGCGGCGGUGGCGGCCGUAGGUCUGUGCCGGGGCCGGGAGCGCGCUCGGGGGAGUCCAACAUGGAAGAGUUUAAAGAUGCAAGUUCACCUGAAGAAUUACUUGAUCACUUAAAGCUUUCUGAUCAGAAGAGUUCAGAGACUGGCCCCAAAGAUGCACAGAAUCCCCAAAAUGUUGAAAGUGGAUGCACAGCAUCUUCAGCCAAAGAUCUCACAACAGCAGAUGAGUGUUUCCAUGACUGUCACGACUCCUUUGAUGCAAAAGAACCUGUGUUGGAUGAUGAAGGGAAUUUACAGAAUGAUGAGACUAGCUCAAGGAAGCAGACAGAACUAGAUGAAGAGUACUUACUAGAACUAGAAAAAGAUAUGCCAGAGGAAGAAAAACAGAAAAGAAGAAAGGAGAGCACAAUGCUGAAGGAGAAAGGAAAUGAGCAGUUCAAGAAAGGAGACUUUGGAGAGGCAGAAGACUCUUACACGAAGGCUCUGCAGAUUUGUCCAGCCUGCUUCCAAAAAGAUAGGGCUGUUUUAUUUUCAAACAGAGCUGCUGCAAAAAUGAAACAGGACAAGACAGAAGCUGCCCUAAGUGACUGCAGCAAAGCAGUGGAAUUGGAUCCUAACUAUAUUAGAGCUUUGCUGAGGAGAGCAGAACUGUAUGAAAAAACAGAAAAACUAGAUGAAGCUCUGGAAGAUUAUAAGGCAGUCCUAGAAAAAGACCCAUCAGUUCAUCAAGCCAGGGAAGCAUGCAUGCGAUUACCUAGACAAAUUGAAGAGCGGAAUGAGAAAUUAAAGAAAGAAAUGCUAGGCAAACUGAAGGAUCUGGGGAAUUUGGUUCUCCGCCCCUUUGGCCUGUCAACAGAAAAUUUCCAGAUAAAACAAGAUUCAUCAACUGGUUCAUACUCCAUCAAUUUUGUUCAAAAUCCAAACAACAAUAGAUAACAUGAAUUCAAUCUAGUUCUGCUGGCUUUUAGGCUUCGUGACCGUGUGCUUGCACGUACCAGUAGAAGGAUGCAGCAAGCAUUCUUCACGCUCCCCAAGUGAAGAUAAGACUCAAGCAUAUUCAUUUCCCUGCCCGUGAAAUUAUUUACAGUGUGGAUGUCAAGCAAGUCAUUUGACUUUUCUUAGUGAUAACUGUGCCCACUGUGUGAUUUUUAUUUUCUUUCAAUUUUCUUCCCUUGUGGCAUUUGGCUUUCCCAACAGUCAGGUUCAUUAUUUUGGCUCAUUCAAUGCUGGCAACAACAUUCUAGGAAGCAAUUCAGUUGAACCAAAAUGCUCACGCACCUGUAGCCAAGAACAAAGCUUUAUGGUGUCUUGGGGAAUUAAUGAAUCUAGCAGAAGCCUUUCUCCACGCUCAGCAAGUGGAUGUGGCUGAGAGCAUGCAUGGAAGCAAGCCAACCUCUUCUGUGGAAUCAUUUUUCUUUGUAAUAAAGGCUUGGUAUUUCUGUUGGUUUGUGAAGGUCUUGCCUUAUUUGAGUGCUUCCCAGGGUGGGAUUGUUGUUAAAAGUGCUUAGAGCCACCCACAAAUAAUAUGCUUGCAAGACAUUAAUUUGAAGCAUUUGAUUUGGUUUUGUCUUAUUUACAGCAAUAUCAGUAAAUUAAGCUCAGGUUCCCCUGCACAUCCCAGUUUAUUCACUUUUUAUUAAUUUUUCUGAAGGCAACAAGGAAAUAUUGUGCCUAUAUACACAUGUUGGUGUGUAAUGGUACUAUGGAAUCCAUUAAAUGUGCUUGUCUGAGAUUUGUUCCUAUUACAGAUAUCCACAGUGGCAAACAAGUAAGUGAUGUUGAAGCUGACUGCGAAAGAUCUUCAAGGCCUAGUAUAUUAUAAAGACUUUAAAGUAUUUAUAGAUAUAUAUAUAUAUAGGUGCUGUUGAAGUAGUUAAUUCAGACUUUGGAGAAGGGGUGUUUUUUGUAAUUGCUGCUUACUGGGGUUUAUAUCGAUGCCGAAAUGUUUACAUUGGAGGCAGAUUUUCCUGUUGUCUCCAUGCAGAUUUCAAUAGAUGAUUUAAUGAAAUCAUUAGUGGUGGCUGUUGGUUGCUGGUUGUCAUCUUGAAUUUAUUUCAGGAGGUCUCAGUGUAUGUCCUUAAGGAGUGAUAUUGUAGCGCUCCAGUCUUUACAGUAAUAUGCCUGAAAGGAAUAGCCUCUCAAGCUAAGAGUUCUCAGUGCUUUAUUUUCAUUUCUGUCUCUGCAGCUGUGGAGGGUUCUUGAUUGUUGUUUAACUCUGUCCUGCUGCAUUCUUCAUUUGGACUUUGCAGUUACCCAUUUGCAAACUAUCUGAGGUCUACAGUAAGCAUGAAGUCUAUGGGAAAUAAAAUGUCACUGUCAAGAGAAGAGAGAAGCCCUAAUUCACAGCAAGGCCUGUGCAGCCUCUAACAUCGUCUGCAUAAUUAAAAUGUCACUUAAGUAAAUAACAGUGAACAGCCUCUAGGAUUUCCAUGUGCUGAACUGUAACUGUGCCGUGCUUUACUGGAGUAAAGUUUCUGACAUGCAA